ACAGCAGUUCAGGCUGUGGUUCGCAGGAAGCACACAUUGGCUUUUUGAUUCUUGCUAGUUCCCAGCUCACAAUUUGGGAGGAUCUAACGCCAGCCUUCACGUGAAGGGGGACCCAAGGACAGUGCAGAGCUGGGUGGUCCCAGCCCUGGAGCCCGGCUAGCCUGACAUGGAAAUGGAGGCAAACGACCAUUUUAACUUUACUGGCCUUUCCCCUGUACCUGCUGCCUCAGGACUGAAACCCUCUCCUUCUUCAGGGGAGGGCCUCUACACUAACGGGUCUCCCAUGAACUUCCCCCAGCAAGGGAAAAGUUUGAAUGGGGAUGUGAAUGUUAAUGGCUUAUCUACUGUAUCUCACACUACUACUUCAGGGAUUUUGAACUCUGCUCCCCACUCCUCCAGCACCUCACACCUCCAUCACCCCAGCGUGGCUUACGACUGUCUCUGGAACUACUCACAGUACCCAUCCGCCAAUCCUGGCAGCAACCUCAAGGACUCAUCCCUUCUCUCCCAGUUCUCUGGGGGACAAUACCCACUCAAUGGCAUCCUUGGGGGCAGCCGGCAACCUUCAUCCCCAAGUCACAACACUAACCUUCGGGCUGGGAGCCAAGAGUUCUGGGCCAACGGUACCCAGAGUCCCAUGGGGCUUAACUUCGACUCACAGGAACUGUAUGAUUCCUUUCCUGACCAGAAUUUUGAGGUGAUGCCCAAUGGACCCCCUAGUUUUUUCACCUCCCCACAGUCUUCUCCUAUGUUGGGAUCCAGCAUCCAGACCUUUGCACCCUCCCAGGAGGUAGGCAGUGGUAUCCAUCCUGAUGAGACGGGAGAAAAGGAGCUGACUUCAGUGGUGGCAGAGAAUGGCACUGGCUUGGUAGGCAGCCUGGAGUUGGAAGAAGAGCAGCCAGAACUGAAGAUGUGUGGCUAUAAUGGCUCCGUCCCCUCUGUGGAAUCAUUGCACCAAGAGGUCUCAGUCCUGGUCCCUGACCCUUCAGUGAGCUGCUUAGAUGAUCCUUCACACCUUCCUGAUCAACUGGAAGACACUCCAAUCCUCAGUGAAGAUUCUCUGGAGCCCUUCAACUCUCUGGCACCAGAGCAAGUGAGUGGAGGACUCUAUGGUAUAGAUGAUACAGAGUUGAUGAGUGGAGAGGACAAGCUGCCUCUGGAGGACAGCCCUGUGAUUUCUGCCCUUGAUUGUACUUCACUUAAUAACACCACUGCCUUCAGUCUCCUGGCAGAUGAUAGUCAAACUUCAGCCUCUAUCUUUGCCAGCCCGACCUCUCCACCUGUCUUAGGGGAGUCUGUCCUGCAAGAUAACAGCUUUGAUCUGAAUAAUGGUAGUGAUACAGAACAGGAAGAAAUGGAGGCUCAGGCUUCUGACUUCCCACCACCCCUGACCCAGCCAGCCUCUGACCAGCCAUCCACUAUUCACCUACACACAGCAACCUCACCAGCAGUAUCACCAACAGUGUCCCCGGAAAUCUCCUUGGCAGUUUCUCCAGCAGCCUCUUCGGAAAUCUCUCCAGAAGUCUCCCCAGCAGUCUCUCCAGCACCCUUCCCAACAGUCUCUCCAACUUCCUCAGCAGCACCCCCAGCAGUCUCCUCAGAAGUCUCCCUGACAGCUUCCCCAGUGACCUCCCCAAAAACCUCCCCUGCAGCUUCCCCAGCAGCAGCCUCCCCAACAAACAAGGAUGUCAGCAGCUUCUCUGAAACCACUGCUGACCUGGAAGAGAUAGCUGGAGAAGGAAACACUGCUGGUAGUGGUGAUGUUCUAAGGAGACGUAUCGCUACACCAGAAGAAGUUCGUCUUCCUCUCCAGCAUGGGUGGCGGAGAGAGGUGCGAAUCAAGAAGGGCAGCCACCGAUGGCAGGGGGAGACUUGGUAUUAUGGCCCCUGUGGAAAGAGGAUGAAGCAGUUCCCGGAAGUGAUCAAGUACCUGAGCCGCAACGUAGUACACAAUGUCCGCCGUGAACACUUCAGCUUCAGUCCCCGCAUGCCUGUUGGAGAUUUCUUUGAAGAGAGAGACACACCAGAGGGCAUGCAGUGGGUACAGCUCUCAGCAGAGGAAAUCCCAUCCAGGAUUCAGGCAAUUACUGGCAAACGGGGCCGACCUCGAAACACCGAGAAGGCCAAGAUCAAGGAGGUCCCCAAGGUGAAACGGGGCCGAGGUCGGCCGCCCAAGGUGAAAAUCACUGAACUAUUGAAUAAGACAGACAACCGCCUCCUAAAGAAACUAGAGACCCAGGAAACACUGAAUGAGGAGGAUAAAGCAAAAAUGAGUAAAAUUAAGAAGAAGAUAAGGCGGCAGGUACAACGGGGAGAAUGUCAGACUACUAUCCAAGGGCAGGCCAGAAACAAGCGGAAACAAGAGACUAAGAGCUCAAAGCAGAAGGAAGCUAAGAAGAAAUCCAAGGCUGAGAAGGAGAAGGUAAAAACAAAGCAAGAAAAACUGAAGGAAAAAGUCAAGAGGGAAAAGAAGGAGAAGGUAAAAAUGAAGGAAAAGGAGGAGAUAGCCAAAGCCAAGCCAGCCUGUAAAGCAGAUAAGACCCUGGCCACACAGAGGCGCUUGGAGGAACGGCAGAGGCAGCAGAUGAUCUUGGAGGAGAUGAAGAAGCCCACAGAGGAUAUGUGCCUGACUGACCACCAGCCCCUGCCUGACUUCUCACGUAUCCCUGGUCUGAUACUGCCCAGUGGGGCCUUCUCAGACUGCUUGACCAUUGUGGAGUUCCUGCACAGCUUCGGCAAGGUGCUGGGCUUUGAUCCUGCCAAAGAUGUGCCUAGCCUGGGGGUCCUGCAGGAGGGACUCCUGUGUCAAGGCGACAGCUUGGGCGAGGUGCAGGAUCUGCUGGUGCGGCUCCUCAAGGCUGCGCUCUAUGAUCCUGGCUUGCCCUCCUACUGUCAGUCCCUAAAGAUCUUGGGGGAGAAGGUGUCCGAGAUCCCACUGACGAGAGACAACGUGUCAGAGAUCCUGCGCUGCUUCCUCAUGGCAUAUGGAGUGGAGCCAGCCCUCUGUGACAGCCUGCGCACCCAGCCUUUUCAGGCCCAGCCACCCCAACAGAAGGCUGCCAUCCUGGCCUUCCUUGUGCAUGAGCUCAAUGGCUCCACCCUCAUCAUCAAUGAAAUUGACAAGACCCUGGAGAGUAUGUCCAGCUACAGGAAAAACAAGUGGAUUGUGGAAGGCCGGCUCCGGAGACUGAAAACUGCUCUGGCCAAGCGAACUGGGCGGCCCGAAGUAGAGAUGCAAGGGUCAGAGGAAGGCCUGGGGCGGAGGCGUAGUUCUCGGAUCACGGAGGAGACCAGCGGCAUGGAAGAGGAGGAAGAGGAAGAGGCUAUAGCAGCUGGUCGUGGCCGUAGGGGUCGAAGAGACGGAGAGGUUGAUGUCCCAGCAUCCAGCAUCCCAGAGCUAGAGCGCCAGAUAGAAAAACUCAGCAAGCGUCAGCUCUUCUUUCGCAAAAAGCUACUUCACUCAUCCCAGAUGCUUCGGGCUGUCUCCUUGGGUCAAGACCGCUACAGACGCCGCUACUGGGUGCUGCCAUAUUUGGCUGGUAUCUUUGUGGAAGGAACAGAGGGGAAUUUAGUUCCUGAGGAUGUAAAGCAGGAAACUGACUCAUUAAAGGCGGCAGCCCAUCCAGCAUAUAACACAGCCCUCUUUGUAAAGAAGGAGUUAGCAGACUCCAGUACCUCUGCUGGUUCUCCUGCCCGGGCUCGAGGCCGACCUCGAAAAACUAAGCCUGGGUCUGUGCGACCUAGGCACCUUAAGUCUCCUGUCAAGAGUGAGGAUUCAGAACAGUCGCAUGCCCAACCUCAGCCUGAGGCCCAGCUCCAUCCUCAGUUUCACCCCCAGCCCCAGGCCCAGUCUCAGCUUCAGUCCCACCCCCAGUCCCAUAGUGAGUUCCUGGAGCCAGAAGGCUCCCCUUUGUCUCUGAGUCAGAGCCAGCAUGACCUCAGCCAGUCAGCCUUCCUGUCUUGGCUGAGCCAGACUCAGAGCUGCGGCUCCCUGUUGAGCAGCUCAGUCCUCACACCUGAUAGCAGCCCAGGAAAACUGGACCCAGCCCCAUCACAGCCCCUGGAGGAGCCAGAGCCUGAUGAAGCAGAAUCCAGCCCUGAUCUUCAGGCUCCCUGGCUUAACUUCUCAGCCCAGAUGCCCUGCAAUGCUGCCCCUACACCACCCCCUGCAGUUUCUGAGGACCAGUCCACUCCCUCCCCUCAGCUUCCUGCCUCCUCCAAGCCGCUGAUUAGACCCAGUGCUGCUGAUUCCUGUUCUCCAGUGCAACUCUGUUCUACCCCUUUACCUGUGGUAACCCCCAAGAGGCGUGCAGGAGACCCUGGAGAAACACCACAGAGUCCCACAGGGCUGGGACAACCAAAACGGAGAGGCAGACCGCCUAGUAAGUUCUUCAAACAGAUGGAGCAGCGUUACCUAACCCAGUUGACAGCCCAGCCUGUGCCCCCUGAGAUGCACUCUGGCUGGUGGUGGAUCCGAGAUCCUGAAACAUUGGAUGCCACACUCAAGGCCCUGCACCCCCGUGGCAUCCGGGAGAAAGCACUUCACAAACACCUUAGCAAGCACAGGAACUUCUUGCAGGAAGUCUGCCUACGGCCCCCAACUGACUCCAUCUUUGAGCCUAGUCAGCUACCUACCUUUCAAGAAGGUCUUACGAGCUGGUCCCUCAAAGAGAAGACGUAUGAGACAGACCUGGCUGUGCUUCAGUGGGUUGAGGAGCUGGAACAGCGAGUUAUCCUUUCUGAUCUACAGAUUCGGGGCUGGACAUGUCCUAGCCCAGACUCGACCCGUGAAGACUUGGCCUACUGUGAGCAUCUGCCUGACUCCCAAGAGGACAUCACCUGGCGGGGUCGGGGCAGGGAAGGAUUAGCACCCCAGCGUAAAACUACCAACCCUCUGGACCUGGCUGUGAUGCGGCUGGCUGCACUGGAGCAGAAUGUAGAGCGGCGGUACCUGCGGGAGCCCCUCUGGUCACCCCACGAGGUUGUGCUGGAGAAGGCCCUGCUCAGUACACCCAACGGUGCCCCCCAGUGCACCACCACAGAGAUAUCAUAUGAGAUCACCCCUCGCAUUCGGGCUUGGCGCCAGACUCUUGAGCGGUGCCGGAGUGCAGCCCAGGUGUGCUUGUGCCUGGGCCAGCUGGAGAGGUCCAUUGCCUGGGAGAAGUCUGUCAACAAAGUGACCUGUCUAGUCUGCCGGAAGGGUGACAACGAUGAGUUUCUUCUGCUUUGUGAUGGGUGUGACCGUGGCUGCCACAUUUACUGCCAUCGGCCCAAGAUGGAGGCUGUCCCAGAAGGAGACUGGUUCUGUGCUGUCUGUUUGGCCCAGCAGGUAGAGGGAGAAUUCACCCAGCAGCCUGGUUUCCCAAAGCGAGGCCAGAAGCGGAAAAGUGGUUAUGUGCUGAACUUCCCAGACGGUGAUGGCCGCCAACGCCGGCUACUGUCUAGGGGCCGAGAAAACCUAGUAGUGCCUCAGUGUUCAGAAGAAGGGUUGUCCCCGUCCAAACGACGGCGGCUCUCCAUGCGCAACCACCACAGUGAUCUCACGUUUUGCGAGAUUAUCCUAAUGGAGAUGGAGUCCCAUGAUGCAGCGUGGCCUUUCCUGGAGCCUGUGAACCCACGGUUGGUGAGCGGGUACCGGCGCAUCAUCAAAAACCCCAUGGAUUUUUCCACCAUGCGGGAACGGCUGCUUCGGGGAGGGUAUACCAGCUCUGAGGAGUUCGCAGCUGACGCCCUCCUGGUCUUUGACAACUGCCAGACCUUCAACGAGGAUGACUCUGAAGUGGGCAAGGCUGGGCACAUCAUGCGCCGCUUCUUUGAGAGCCGCUGGGAGGAGUUUUAUCAGGGAAAACAGGCCAAUCUGUGAGGCAAGGGAGGUGGGGAGUCACCGUGUGGCAUCCGUCCUCCCUCCCCCCCCCCCCCCAAAAAAAAAAAAAAACAAACCUGCCAUUCUCACCUGCUGAUGCUGCCCUGGGCCCAGACUCAAGAGUCAGUUGUGCCGUGAUUUUUGACCUGACCCUUGGCAGCACCCCACAUCCUCUUCUCCCCACACCCCUUUCUCCCUUUCCUCCUCUUGCUCCUCAGAUAAGAGGGGCAGAGAUGAGGUCCUUCUGAACUGAAAGCCAAAAAAAAGAAAGAAAAAAAUAAUUUUUCCUUUCUGUUUUAUUUCCUAAUUAAAAAUAGGGAGGGGGAAAGACAACAUCCCUGCUUCCUCCUCCCAGCUUCCUCUCCUUCCCUGUAUGUGCCCCAGCAUUCUGGGGCUAUUUAACAAUAGCAAUAGUUCUAGUGAAUGUGUGAAACCGAGAAACACUCUGUACUGUGUGUGGACCCGCAGUGACGGCCAGUAAAGUGGACUUAACUCCCAAGUGUGUCGAGCCGGACACCGGGCCCUGGACAUGCUGCUUCCAUGUUCAGUCCCUCUCCUGCUUCUUGCCCACCCCCGUUUUUCAGAUUUUUCCUCAUCCAAUAAUGUAAAACUAUCGUGUACGGGUUCCUCCCUCCUUUUCUCUUCCUCCAAAUCUUUUUUUCCUUCAAAGGAAAAAAAAAGUUCAGUGGUCCCUGUCUUUCUCUCUGUCCCCAUCUUCUGCCAAUAGCUAUCCCCUCUAUAAUGUCGGAUGCUCCUCACAUGCUGAGUUUCCAGCCUUUUCUGAAACUCAGUACCUGGGGAGAGGGCAGGGAGGCACCCUAAGCCUUCUAGCCUCCUUCCCCACCUCUUACCCAAACCUCCCUCUUGGGAACUCCUCAGGGACAACUACUGCUGAGUUUGGGUGCACCCCCAAGAUGGAGGCCAGGUAGCAAUGACUGGCCUCAGAGAGAGAGGUGUACGCAUGUGCGAGAGAGAGAGAAUGCUGUGAUUGUGCCCCUGUAUUGUUUGGUGAGAUCCAUUCAGUUUCCCCAAGUAUCUGUUUUUAUUCCCUCUUUUCCCAUUGUUUGAAACCAUCACUUUUUUGUCUUUGGGAAACAACAAGGAACAGUUUUCUCUGGGGACAAGGCCGUGUCUCUCUCCUCUCUCCCAGUCAUUUCUGUUCCAGCCUCUUCAAACUGUGCAAUCUUUCAGCAGGAACUUCCUCUCUCCUUUCAGUAGCUUUGAGUCUUAAGUUUUUGCAGGGAGAGGGGCAGAACUGGACCUUUUCCUAAUCCCAUGAGCCUCUGUGGGUUUAGUUGUGUUUUCCUCCCCUACUUCAUGCCCCAGGACACCUUCCCCAGCAGCAGAGACCCCGGAGCACAGGAGAGUAGGGAGGAGGGGUUCUGGGUCCACGACUGCCCUACAUGUGACUAUGCCCAAGUUAAGCUCCCAACCCAUGAGAGGAAGGCUGCUAACUCUCAGCUGUAGCCAUGGGCUCCUGGCCCCCUGCUUUCCUGCUCAGCGGAGCCCCUCCCAUCAGAGAUUACGGGUACUUGCACUGGGGAGGUGGCUGUUGGCUGGCCCAGGCAGAGAGCUGAGGCGUCCUAGAACCAUACCCUUGGUGGUGGUGGUGGGGAAGGGGGGUACCAGGUGAGGUGGAGCAUUCCUUGUACUUCCAGCAGCACUGAAUAGCCACUGAAGGGGGUGGGGGGCAGUGUAGUUCCUGGGGCAGCCCCUUAUUCCUUUGUGUCCCUUCUCCCCCUUAGCCUAUUUCUAAAGUCGCCUUUUCUGUCAGAUAAACCUCAAAACCUUUAAUUU